ACUGCUUGAGGUCAGGAGGGGAAGUGGGUGCCGCAUAGCCGUGUGGGAAUUGUAGUUCUGCUAAGAGCCCCGGGCUGUUUGGUGGGACGGGACAGUGAACGAUAGGGAACUACAGCUCCCGAGUGCUGUUGGGGGAAGACUCGGGAGCGGGAGGCUUGGGACGGCUCCUCGCUUCCACGCUUCUCCGGGAUACAGAGAAGGGUCGCAGAGGCUGGAGCCCGGAGUCUUAGCGGUCGUUGCUUCACGGCGUGAGACGCGGAAUCUGCCCCUAUGCGGGAGGCCCGGGAGGAGUCCGACCUGGAGCGAUAUCAGAGAAGCCUUCGAGACCGUGCUAGUAAAAGUAUCCAUCAACUGAAAUAUGCCUUGGUGGAAGGAGAUCCCACAGCGGGAGAAAGUGAAGUUGCAUUUGACCAGUCCUCCACAGGUAAUGAUGAGAGUGGGGAAACAGCCUGGCAGGAACUGCAACACAGUCAUGCAGUUAAUCAGCUUAAAGCUUUAUUGCGGGAGCAAGAAGGACUAGAAAGUGAAGUAUCUCCAUCAAGGAGGAGGAAGAUGUCACCCUCAAGAACUUCAGAAGCUGCAGAUCAGAGUUUGCCUACACUUUGUGAUCUUGUUCCUAUCAUUAAUGAUCAGUCCCAGUACAUUCACCACUUAGAAGCUGAAGUGAAGUUUUGCAAGGAGGAGUUGUCUGGGAUGAAAGAUCGGAUACGAGUAGUUGUGGUUGAAAAUGAGAAACUCCAUGAGGAACUGAAAUCUCUAACUAUAGAGCAGACGUUGAGAGAACAAACGCUUUUGAGUGCUUCAGCAAAUGUUCGGAACUCCUGGACUGUAGGAGGUGAUGAUUCUUAUUUAUGUCAAUCUGCCAAGUCAUCACCAUCACAUAAUAAAGAACAGGUUUUGGCUGCAAGAGACACUGCAGAAACAGAAAAAUGGCAGCUAGAAUUGGAGAAGCUAAAACUUCUUUAUCAAGAAAGGACUGAUACACUUGAAGCUCAAGUACGGUCUCUAAGAAAAGACUUAUCUGAAUCUGAGAAGAACUGUGAAGAUCUAAAAGGAAGAUUAAAACACCAAGAUUCGCUUAUUGCAACCAGUAAUUACAACCGGGUUGGCGGUCUUUGCCUGAAAUGUGCACAACAUGAGGCUGUUCUUUCUCAGACUCAUUCCAACGUCCACAUGCAGACCAUUGAAAGGUUAACAAAAGAAAGAGAUGAUUUAAUGGAUGCACUUGUUUCAGUAAGAAGGAACCUGAGUGAGAUGCAGCAAAGGGAAUCUAGUGCUUAUGAACAAGUAAAACAAGCUGUGCAAAUGACUGAAGAAGCCAAUUUAGAAAAAAUGAAGGCUCUAGUCCAGUGUGAACAGCUGAAAAGUGAGAUGGAAAGACAGAAAGAUCGCCUUGAAAGGGAGCUAAUUGCUCAAUUAGAUAAGAGGGCCGAUGAAAAAGAAGCCCUGCGAGGAGAAAUGAAGAAAGAAAGAGAGGACUUGGCAUCAACGGUGAUGGUUUUGUCUCAAAAUGUGGCGACACUGGAGGCUCGGUUAGAGAGAAUUACAAGAGAGAAGAACUCAAUAGCUAACCAGCUAGAGGAAGCCCAAAACCAACUUACCUCUCAGGAGAUGGAAGUUAAUAAGGUGUGUGGAGAAAUGCGUUUGCAGUUGAAUCAAACCAAAAUGAAGAAGGAUGAGGCAGAAAAGGAGCACAGAGAGUACAGAACAAAAACUAUAAGGGAGCUUGAAAUUAAGGACCAGGAAAUAGAGAAAUUGGGAUUAGAGCUGAAUGAAAACAAACUGCGUUUGGAACAAGCACAGCAGGAUGCAGCAACAGCCAAAGACGAGUGCCUAAAACUAACAGAACUGCUGGGUAAAUCUGAGCACCAACUGCACCUCACCAGAUUGAAGAAAGAAAGUAUUCAGCACAGUUUUAGCAAUGAAGCAAAGACCCGAGCCCUUCAGGCAGAGCAAAGAGAGCAGGAGCUGACACAGAAGAUGCAACAAAUGGAGGCCCAGCAUGAUAAAACUGUGAAUGAACUGGAUUCUUUGCUGACCUCCCAGAAUACAUUCAUAGCAAAAUUAAAGGAGGAAUGUUGUAUGUUGGCAAGGAAGCUGGAACAUGUAACAGAAAAAAACAGGUCUGAAGUCAGCCAGCUUAGUCAGGAAAAUGAGUACGUUCAUGAUAGGCUGGAGAAGAUGCAGAAAAGAAAUGAUGAACUGGAAGAACAGUGUAUCCAGCAUGGGAGAAUGCAUGAGAGAAUGAAGCUAAGGUUACACCAGCUUGACAAGCAUUGCCAAACCACUGCCCAGCAGCUAGUGGAGUUACUCAACAAACAGAAUCAGCUCUUCAGAGAGAGGCAGAUGCUAACAGAGGAGGUGCAGUUCCUGCGUACACAGGUACCAUGCCAAUACUGGGAACAAGAGAAAAGAAAAUCAUAGGGAAAUGUUCUGCAGCCAUCAAGAAAGAUAAAGACUUUGCUAAAGUCUUGUAUCAAGAAGGAAAACCACCAUGAAACACAAUCUUCAGAGUACAGAAAUAAUUCAUUGAUUAAAAGGGAUGACAGCGCAGUUGAUAAUUGAGUGUAGGUUUAAUCGGUGUGGGUACAACUAAGAAAAUGCUGUGAGAUGCAGCAAAGCAGAACAAAUACUAGUUGUGUCAUUAAUUCCAAUCAGAAAUUUUUGUUUCAUCCUUCAUGUCAUAUGAUAGUAGGCAACAGAAUAUUCCUUGUUAAACAUUAUUAGCAUGUAGUAUUAAAACGCAGAACUGCCUCUCAACUUGAAACAUAAUCAUCUUGAAAACUCUAGUUUUAGGGUGCAAUGCCUGAGACCCCCACCCUCUGGUUGUGGGUUUGCAAUCUCAUUUCCCUGUUUAAAAAAAAAAAAUUUUUUUGCCUCCCUUGUUACAGCGCGAAAACCCCACCCAAACAAGGGAGACAGACUGCACAGGGGAAACAGUGAACUGUCAGUGGGGAUCUGUAUGGGCACAGCAGUCCACCCUAGCACAAGUGGUGGCCAGAUUAAGGCCUUACUUAUGUAGAGUGCAGUCUGCAUGUUAAAGUAACAUUUUUCGGAGACUGAUUUUUAAGUUGGAUGCUGCCGCUUUAAUCAUUCACUACUUUGGAAAGGAGGAAAAGAAUCGUGACUUUUUAAACUGUAACUGAACUGCUGAAUUCAAUGUUGUCUCCAAAUCUAGCACAUAAUGAAGCCUUUGUUUCUGUGACUAAGUAAAUUAACUGAUUUGACCGUAUCACUGUGAUACCAAGCCCUCUGGCUCAUGAACAAAGCAAAUUUCGGGGUCCGUACGUGAAGUUUGGACUUUCAUUAACAUGAACAGGACCGAGAGAGGAAUUUGUAGUAUCAAACUGCAGCGUGAAAGGAAAAUCAGUGUUUUAAUCAUGCUAUUGUUCACCCCAAAGUAGGCUAGUAAAGCAUGCUGAUAUUUGCUAUGCAUAUGCUAAUAACCUAGAACUAAAUAAAAACACACAUUAUCAGUGUGGUAACCAUGAGAAAAUGUUGUCUUUUUAAUGCUGACUAGAGCACCCGAGUUACUAAUUUUCACUAUAUCUAGAAUAAAAUACUGUCCUACCUCAGAUUAACCUGCAGAUGUUGGCAAAUUUAAUGGCAAUCACUGUGUUUC